AUGAAGCCGCAAAGCACUCUGCUCCUGGUCUCCUUUGGCCUCGUUGCCAACGGCUGUCUUCUCCCUGGCGAGAUCGACAGGCAGAUCAACCACCAAAAUCCCCGCACGGCGAAGCCCGCUACGGGCAAGCGUCAAUUAGACUUCCAGGACUUUCCCAUUGGCAAAGGUGACCGGUUCAACGGCGGUCAGUAUGCUCCCCUAGGUCUUGGCACGGAUAACCGGGACUUAAAGUCGAUCCUCAACGUCGGCGAGAUCGAGUCCGGCCUCAAGGGUCUUGCAAAAGCCUAUAAAGACGUCAGCGUCUUUACCGCUCCUCACAAGACGUUUGAAAACCGGGAGCUGCACGGCGCCACCAUUGGAAAUCCCCGAGUCUUUAUCCAGAGCGGUAUCCAUGCUCGUGAGCGCGGCGGACCAGACAAUGUCCUCUACUUCAUUUCUGAUCUGCUGGCAGCGCGGGCCAACGGCACCGGCAUCUCGUACGGCAAGCAGAACUACAACAACAAGCAGGUCGAGGUGGCGCUCUCUGCGGGCAUCGCCUUCUUGCCUCUGGUCAACCCGGACGGGGUUGCCUACGACCAGUCGACCGACACGUGCUGGCGCAAGAAUCGCAACACCAAGAGCGCCAGCGAGGAUGAUGCUUCGACUAUUGGUGUUGACCUCAACCGCAACUUUGCUGUUAUGUGGGACUAUAAGCGUAUCUUCAACCUUGGUGCCAACCUAAAUGCCGUCGCGUCGGAUGACCCAAGCAGCCAGGUGUUCCACGGCACGGCUCCCCUAUCCGAGCCGGAGACGCAGAAUGUCGACUGGCUGGUCAAGCAGCACAGUCAGCUCUCAUGGUUCCUCGACCUGCACUCCUUCGGCGCCGACAUUCUCUACGCCUGGGGCGAUGACGACACCCAGACCACAGAUCCCAGGCAGAGUUUCACCAACAAAUCCUAUGACGGCAAGCGUGGCUUCCUCGGCAACGACCCUGCUAACAGCCAGUACAAGGAGUACAUCGAGAAGGCGGACCUCGAUGCUCAGGUGGCCUUGUCGAAGCGCAUGGGUUCCGCCAUGAACCGUGCCGGGACAGUCCGCUACGAGCCCGAACCGAGCGUGAAUCUAUAUCCGACGGCGGGCGACAGCACCGACCACAUGCUAGGGCAGUACUACGGCCAUGUGUGCGACGCGAAUCGCAUCCAGGCCCUGACGGUUGAGUUUGGCGACUCGACGGAUAGCCGAAAUUGUCCAUUCUAUCCGGAUAAUCGUGCAUAUCACGAGAAUCUAAGGCAGGUGGCUGUCGGGUUGAUGGAGUUGUUGCUGACGGCGGCAGGAAAGGAUGGUGAGAAGAAAGUGUAUAAAUGCUGA